AUGGGCUUUACGCCGUGUGCUAGCGAACCAUGCGUUUAUAUAAAAAACAAACAACGCAAAUACAACAUCAUAGCAGUUUACGUUGAUGAUCUUCUGCUGGCCUCUUCCAACUUGAGAGAUCUGAACGAUAUCGAGACUAAAAUCUCAAAAGAGUUCGAUAUUCUAGAUGGUGGACCAGCGAAAUACUUUCUCGGGAUGGAAAUUGAGCGCGAUGGCGAUGUGGGUAAUAUUGCUAUUAGUCAGCGUCAAUAUAUUUACGAUUUGUUAAUGCAAAAUGGUAUGGAAGAGUGCAAAGCUGUAUCAAAACCACUAGAAGUUGGAUUUCAAACAAGCUGCGACAAAGAUGCAUGCUCUAAGGUGAAUAGAACUGAGUACCAAUCGCUGAUCGGCGCGCUCGUGUACCUUGCAAUAUCCACCCGCCCAGAUUUUUUACACUCAGUAUCUAAACUGGCGCAACGCAAUACUGACCCACAUAUAGAACAUAAAACUGCCGCAAAGCAUAUCUUGCGUUAUUUGAAAGGGACAGCUGAGUUCAAACUGCAUUACAAAAAGACAGAUCGUUCAAUUGAAUGUUUCGUCGAUGCUGAUUGGGGGGAGAUGCGAGCGUCCGAAAGUCAUACACUGGUAGUGCGUUUAUAG